AGAGAGAGAGAGAGAGAGAGAGAGAGAGAGAGAGAGAGAGGCUUCUUUUCUCAGUGCGACUAUAGUGAAAGCUGACUACAUGCUCACGUAGGCUAGAGGAGCCAAGGCGUGCUUUAUCCUUACACUUGGUACAUUUUUUUUCCCGUCUGGCAGAAGCAUGGGAGAGUCCUGCUGACACCACGGAGAGAUACACGCUGAGACCGACUAUGGCUGUGGACGCGGCGUCCAGCUUCAGUUUUUGCCGUGCCUCCCUGGAGCACACGGUGUCUGCUGAGGAGCUGAGCUACCAGCUGCCGCGCCGCACCGGAGGCAGCAACCUGACCUGGCACGACGGCCGCGGACAGAAGACAGCACACACACGCACCGUCAAACUUCUGCAGCAGCCCGGCACAGAGGGCAUCCAGCUGCGUCCAGGUGAAGCCUUCACUGUGUACCACACCAGUCCAACGCUGUCCAGCCUGUCCAAACCCGUGGUGCUGUGGACUCAGCAGGACGUCUGCAAGUGGCUUAAGAAACACUGUCCUCACAACUACCUGACCUACGUAGAGGCCUUCUCUCAUCACGCCAUCACAGGACGGGCGUUGCUACGUCUGAACGGGGAGAAGCUAGAAAGGAUGGGCAUCGUCCAGGAGACGCUGAGACAGGAAGUUCUGCAGCAAGUCCUCCAGCUGCAGGUCAGAGAGGAGGUCCGCAACCUACAGCUCCUCAGCAGAACCUCUUUUGGAAACUUCUCUUAGCUCAUCCCUUGAUCCAUUUGGCAGCCUUUCCCUCUUCCCCGUCACAAUACGUCUCCAGGAGCCAUGGAAGAGCUGCUGCCCUCAGAUAUGUGAGCGGAGAAUCAACGAGUGAAAGGGGAGAGGACGAGCCUAUAGACGACAUGCCAGCCAGACUGGAGGAUUCCCAUUCAACACAGCCAAUCUGGUUUACAGACACUGAGGCAGAAACAAAGCCCCGCUCAAGGCAGGGGCACCCACUGUAACAUGGUGAUAAGAUGUAAGAUUCACAACCCCAAUGACGGCUUAGGCCUGUCACUGGCAUGCUGGAUCAGAGCAAAUCUUUUUGCUUUCCUAUCUCAUUUGGGUUGGUUUGAUCGGGCAAGUGAAGUGUGGUGAAAAUCACAUAUAGGCUUAUUUAUAACGUAAACAUUACAAGCGCACAAACGGGGUUCAUAGAUGUUUGUUUUUUUGUUUUUUUUUUCUCCUUCAAGGUCGAGGUCAUCAUGUAAAUAGUUCUCGGCAUGGUUUUAUAACACCCAAACCAUUGAACUCACUGAUGCUUAAAACAUGUAUGGUGUGAAAAUAAGUUUACAUGUAGCGCCACCAUUUGGCCACUGGAUCCAAAGUGAAGAAAACGCACUGGUCUUCUCCCUUGUUUGUAGCUGAAAGACUACACCAGUUGAAAAAGGAAAUACAGCUGGUCCUGACUGCAUUUCACUAAAACCAACACAAUCACGCUCAAGCCGUCAUCCAUAGGUCACAGUGCAUCCUCUCAGGAUUUUCAUUUCGAUUUUAGUGGAUCAAGAAUAUAAACAAUACAGAACAAGAGCACUAUUUGCGCAUAAGCCCUCUCUUCCUUUUCACUCUAUUGUAAACCAUGUCAUAUUAUGUACAGAGUCAUUCCUACAAUCAGUCUUUUUGAAUUUUGACUGAACUGCAGUAUGUCACUGACAAACUAUAUAUAUCUGAGCGUUGUAGAAUAAUAUAUGCUGUAGAUCUGUGUAUACUGUAACUAUACUUUAGUCUUUUAUUAAUUAAAUGGAUCCUGAGGACACGCAGCGAUAAUGUGGAAAAUGCCUGUUUCUCUAUGCUUGAUAAAGCAAUAAUUUAAAUGGUACUAGGCAAAGAGGAAUGAUUCUCUGUGGAAUACACUAUUAGAAAUCUUUUAGUAAUGAUUUGGACUGGACUGUAUGCGUGUAUGAGGUAGUUAUGUAUUUUCCCCUGGCAGCGGAUGGCCAGAUUUCACAGCUUCUGUGCUUCUUUGUGUGUAUUAGUCUGUCAUCUUUCAGACACAAACACAAAAAGAAGGGACAAGCUUCUGUUGUAUUCUACCUGUUUUCUGUCGCUGGUGUGACACUGCGAUUUCAAAUGCCCAGAAAUCCUAAAUACUAUGACGACUACCCAGAUGCGAGAUUCCCAGCGUGACUGUGAAGCAAACGCCUUUGAUCUCACUCUAGACAGCAGCAGACAGCUACGUAUGAAGUUUUACUCACAGUGGGAAAAAAAAGCAAAAAAGCUUGGCCAUCCUCCCCCUUCCAACCAUCCUUUGAGAAUGACUCUGGAUAAUGUAAGUAAGUAACUGACUGUUAAAAGGGAGAAAAAAACGCUGUUUUAUUUUUGGAAACCUGAUGUACUGUAAAUAUCAAUACUUUUGGUUUACUUUGUUAGAUCAUCGAUGAAUUGUUUGAAACAUAAAAAAGGAAUAUGGAAAUGUUAUCUGCUUUACAGAUGGAACAUGAUCAAACUGUCUUUUUAGAAUAAACUAAUCGAUAAAUUGA